CUGCGUUUACGUCACGAAGACGCCCAUGCAGACAGUAUUUGAUUGGAGAAGUCAUUCUGGUCUCGUGACAAGGAAAUACAGGAGGCUGAAGGAAGGGCUGGAUUCAUUUGAACCAUGGAUUAUUACCGUGUGCUCGGCGUUGUUUUAUUUUCUCUUCUUGCUUGCACUAAAGCCGAGCAGGUGAAAUUCGUCGACUGUGGUUCAGCAGAAGGAAAAGUUGCUGAGGUUGACAUCUAUCCCUGCCCAUCACAGCCAUGCCAGCUUCACAAGGGACAGUCCUAUACAGUCAAUGUAACAUUCACCAGUAGUGUUGCCAGUCAGACCAGUACAGCUGUGGUUCACGGAGUGGUCGCUGGCAUCCCCGUCCCCUUCCCUAUUCCUCAAUCAGAUGGGUGCAAGUCAGGAAUCCAGUGUCCUAUUGAGCCGCAAAAAGCUUACACCUACGUCAACCAGUUGCCUGUCAAGAACGAGUAUCCAGCAAUCAAACUGGUUGUGGAAUGGGAAUUGAGAGACGACUCCAGCAAAGAUUUAUUUUGCAUCAAGUUCCCCGUUCAGAUUGUGAACUGAAGGCCAACGGUGAAGUCAAAACGCUUCCAAAGGGAUGCAAUUAAGAACCGAGGCAUCUGGAUGUGUGCCUUUUUCUAUGGACCUUUUAGAUUGGUAGAUGCAGAUUUUAUGAUUUAUUCUACUACUUCUUUUCUAACCAUGACAUAUUUGUCAUUUUAAUGUAUGGUCUUUAACUGUGCACACAGUGCCACUCUACAGAAGCUGCCUAAUCCUAGUUGGUUUCUAAAAUUGUAAUGAUUCACCAGAACGAGAUGCUGACAAGCAAACAGUGGUCAGUGCCGGUGAUUCAAUCAAGUGUGCACUUGUGGCUGGUGUUCGGAUGUGUCUAAUCAAAGCUUCUUUAAACAAUUGGUUGUGAACUUUUUACUUGCAUUUUAAAUCUGCAUAUUUAAUAAAGAUGAGCAUAUUUUCUUAAACGAUCUGUAAAUGUGGCCACAAGCAAAAGGCCACAUUUAACAUGUAAUUGUCUGAAUGAAAUAAACUACUUUUUUAUGGUGAACAAUGA